AUGCAAGCAUCUACUCAGACACUACAUGAACAUAAUGCCGAGAUGAUUGCAUACAUGAGACUUCAGCAGGGAGGAAGCCAGUCUGGAUACCAUUCAUUGGAGCUAAGAGGAAGCUCUCGAGGAGCCCACUCAGAAAGAGAACGUGACAAGAAUGUCUCGGGUUGGGUUUCAGUGACUGUGAAGGAAUGGAGGAGGAGUCAGAGGUGGUUUGGACGGUGGAUUUGGUGGAGGCCAUGGAGGAGUGUUGGAGGAGGAGCCGACGAUGGUGGUAGAAACAAUAGAGGUGUUGGAGGCGGUGCUUGUGGUGGAUUUGAUGGACACCAUGUAGGUGACAUUGGAGGAAGAGCAAGUAAUGGUGGUGGUAACAUUGGAGGAAUAGGAGGAGGAGCAAGUGGUGUUGGAAGUGGUGUUGACGAAGGUCAUGGAGGUGGAAUUAGUGGUGGUGGCAAAAAUAGUGGAAGUAUAGGAGGAAGAGCUGAAAGUUAUAUUGGUGGAGGCCAUGGAGGUGGCAUUGGAGGAGGAUCCGAUGGUGGUGGAGGUGUAGGAGGAGGAGUUGGGGAUGGUGAUGGAAGCGGUUUUGGAGGUGAAAUUGGUGGAGGCCAUGGAGGAGGUGUUGGUGGUGGUAGUGGAAAUAGUGGAGGUAUGGGAGUUGGAGGUGGUGCUGGUGGUGGAGUCGGAGGUAGAUUUGGAAGAAGCCAUGGAGGAGGAGUCGGUGGUGGUGGCAGAAAUGGUGGAGGUAUUAGAGUCGGAGGUGGCUUUGAUGGAGGCCAUGGAAAUGGCAUUGGAGGAGGAUCUGACGAUGGAAAAUGUGUAGGAGAAUGA